AGCACUGCUAGACAUUACGGUUGCUAGCGUGCCUUCGUGCCUUCGAGUGGCGGCGAAGCCACCACGGACUUUGAUACUGUCGCAGCCCCGGGCUCCCGUUUCGGCCAAGCUCCGUCCGCCUUCCUGCGCACAGUACGGGACGUGACCGGUGACGGGUACCGCUCGGCCACGGUCGCCACGCGGCUCAACGGUCUGCGCGCCGCCAGCCCCGAGCUGCCCAACUUCGAGGCGGUCAACAUCGAGGGCUCCAUCUUCAAGUGGGCCAACGAGGGCAAGCCGCUAGUGGACGCCGCUGGCGAGCCCACGCGCUCCGUGCACCCGUACAACUCCGUGUUCGGGCGCCUGCUGAAAGCCGAGCUGUGGCAGUUCCCUCAGCAGCACUAGAGACGAUGCUAUGCGUCCUCCUUCUUCUGCAGUGUGCGUGUGCCGUGUGGGGUGACUACCUGAUCCAGAGCAUCCGGGGUGAAGUGGAGGCCGGCAACUACACCUACUACAAGCUGCAGUGGGACGGGCCGGUUACUGUCAUUUUGGAGACGCUGCGUGGCGACGCCGACCUGUACGUGUCCGAGACGCACCUGAAGCCCAGCUUCGAGCCGGACCAGUUCGACUUCAGCUCGGCCACCUGCGGACUCGACUCGGUGGACAUCCCCAGGGGGUGUCCCCGUCCGCUGGGCGUCUCGGUGUACGGUCACCCGUCGGCGACGCUCUCCUCGUACGAGCUGCGCCUGGUGUUCAGGCACCCGGACUACCUGGACCAGUUCACGCUUCGCGAGCACAACGACACUGAGGACGAGCUGCUGCGGGCGCUGCGGGACCGCACUGGCCACUCCGAGACGCACGAGGAGUUUCGUCUGCUGGAUUUGAUAUGGACUUUCGUGGAGGUGUUUUUGGAAGUGCUGCUGUUAUAGAUAUCACUAUUCGUACUAACAAAAGGGUGCGAUUUGCUACUUAGGAUCACGUGACCGCGCAACAGCCUGGCUAAAGCUGACUGGUGGUGCUAACACACUGGCGAUGUUGUAAGAAAUAUAUUUUAACAAUCUA